AUGUAUUACAAAAACCAAGGAGACUACGUAGGGAUCUUAAAUCAGAGCGUUACCAAACGGCACACAAAGAGGGAGAGUAGAGGAGAGAGAGGGAGAAAAGUAGAAGAGCAUGAUGGAGUCUGGAAGGGGAGAGAGCCAGAACCAGGACACUUGGACCCAACAAAGGAUGUGUGGAUUGGCGUAGCUCCUACUGCCUCUGCAAACCUGCAAUAUCCUCCUGCUGUUGAAGGUUCCCUCUCUUGGCUGGAUAAUUCAACCAUCACCUACUCCAAAUGGAUGAACAGCACUCAGCCAGGAGCAGGCUGUGGACACAUACUGAGAGAGUCUGACUUCCACUGGAAUGCCACAAAGGACUGCAACAAAAAACUCCACUCGGUCUGCCAGUUUGAGUCGGGGCGAUCCAUUGUGUGUGCGGGUCAUCACACCACUCUGCAGUGUGGCUCUGGUCAAGUUUUAAUGCUCGAUGGUGCCUUCUACGGACGAAAAAACAUGCACUACUGUCAACCCACUCUCUUCCCGAGGAUGACACCCACACAACAUCAGUGUGGCUGGGUGGAUGUUCUAGACACAUUAACAGCUCACUGUCAAGGCCAUCAGGUUUGCCAGACCACUGAAUUUGUUGACUUCUUUGGGGAGCCAUGUCCCCAGUUUGGGAGUUACCUUUCUUUGGAGUACCACUGCAAAGAUGUGCUAACACUGUCAACGAGUAAUGUGGCUGCUGUUUAUGAUGACGUCACCAUCAGAGUGAAAUGGCUCAUAGAUUUGCCCCAAGGACACCUCAGCUGCACACUGAGGACUGGAGACGGGCACGUUAUUUAUCUGCAUAUUACACAGGGGUUGGAGAGCAGUGCGAUGCACAAAUAUGCCCAUCCAAAUACAUUUGUUGCAGCACUUGAAUGCAUAAAAAAUGACAUACACAUUACAGCUCAGGAAGUCAUUUCCAUUCAAGAGACCAUCACAGAGCUCGGCCCCAUCAGAUGCUAUUCGGGGAAAUUGCCUUUUCAUUCAACCAACUGCAAAGCCCUCGACGGAGAGCCGUUUCAGGUUCAAAUGGAAGUGAAAGCAGGUACAAAUGUGACCUACAGAAUUCAGAGAGGUGAAAUGUUGUUAUCGGCUUUUUCUGUGGUCAGAGGAAAUAUUCCCCAGAACAUCACAGUGGCAGCAGAAAAAGUGAAGCAGCUCGGGCCUGGCUGCCACCAUCUGACUCUUUAUGCCUCUAACAUGGUCACGUCCCCUGAAACGUCUGCAGACCUGCAGAUGUGUGUGCUGGAGAAUGUAGCCGGGCUUCAGGCCUCCGUGUUGGCUGACCACUCUGACUGUCAAGACUCGUCACAUAUUCCCGUUGGAGUUUCCCUCCAAAGUGGCGCCCCUGUUCUGCUCCUCUUCUUUCUGACUGGAGAAGACGGCUCGUUCUCUGAGAUGAGAGAGAUGAAAAAAAGGAAGGACAUUUUUUAUAUUGGAAAGCAAAUUAAAGGCCCUGUGAAGGUCAAACUCAGAGCCUGGAAUAUCUUCUCCUCUAUGGAUGUAGAUGUUGACAUGUUUACAUCCUGUGGCGAGAAUUCACUUGUUGAACAAAAUAGUUAUAAUGACUAUUUGUUUCAACUUCAUGGCAGACAGAGAAAGAAACACAUUCGAGUUGAUAGAUCCGCAGAAAAAUUCAUUGGAUCUUCAGAACAACUUAUUAGAACUUCAGAGAAUCUUAUCGCGACAACGGUGGGAUCAAUACCUAACACAGAUCUGAAGAUCACACUCUCAGUAGAUUAUGUUUUUGAUCCAGUCGAAGACAGACGUAAACAGUGGUCAUGCAAAAAUCCCUGUGAAUGUCAAGGGGUCUUCAGUGGAGUUGUACAUGUCAUUAAAGGAACCUGUGUACCAGGUCCAUUUGAGUUUAAUAAGUAUCACUUUGAAGUGAUACAGAAUACAGAUAACAAAGUGAAACAAUCAGAGGCCAUAUGCAUCACCUAUACCCCGAAGAAUGAAGCUCCAAGUUGGCUUAGUCUUUCCUGCACUGAAGGCUGUGACCCUGUAGGGGAGAACAAAAAUGCAAAAAUCAAAAUGUCAUGCAAAGAGGAUAAACAGUGUCCAACAGUUGAGUGGUCCAUUGAGGACCCACGUAAAGAAAAGGACUGGCACAGUGAGACAAAGAAAUGUUACAAAUAUGCAAAGCAAAGGCCACUUACAAGGAAGAUGAAUGGUGGGACUGAAUACACUGUCGAUUAUUCCAGCAUUAAAGAGGCAAAAAAAGAAGGCGUCACUGUGGUGAUACUUUACAAGGAUGGAGAUUAUUACUAUAAAAAAUUCCAUAUUGCCACAUCUUCCUCUGAACAAGGAGACAACAGUGCGGAUCAAACAACAAAACCAUCUGGUGGUAGCACUGCAUCUCCUGGCACCAUAGCUCCCGCAAAAACUAACAGCCCUGCAAACCCUCCAACUCCUGCUGCUGGAAAAACUACAAAAACAGCUGUGACCACUAAAGCCAGCAUCACAAAAACCACUGCUCCCCCUGCUCUGGCUGCCACUACACCUAACACAGCUAUCAUAGCAAAGACUGACAGCGCUGACUCUGAAAACAAUCCAACUGCUGCUGAAGCUGCAACCACUACGAAGGCCUCGAACACUGCUGUCACCACUGUCACUAUUCCCUCAGUGUCCUCUGACAAAGCUACUACGACAAUGACCAGUAACACUCCUGCUAUCACAACAAAGAGCAGUAACACUCCUGCUAUCACAACAAAGAGCAGUAACACUCCUGCUAUCACAACAAAGAGCAGUAACACUCCUGCUAUCACAACAAAGAGCAGUAACACUCCUGCUAUCACAACAAAGAGCAGUAACACUCCUGCUAUCACAACAAAGAGCAGUAACACUCCCGCUAUCACAACAAAGAGCAGUAACACUCCCGCUAUCACAACAAAGAGCAGUAACACUCCUGCUAUCACAACAAAGAGCAGUAACACUCCUGCUAUCACAACAAAGAGCAGUAACACUCCCGCUAUCACAACAAAGAGCAGUAACACUCCCGCUAUCACAACAAAGAGCAGUAACACUCCUGCUAUCACAACAAAGAGCAGUAACACUCCUGCUAUCACAACAAAGAGCAGUAACACUCCUGCUAUCACAACAAAGAGCAGUAACACUCCCGCUAUCACAACAAAGAGCAGUAACACUCCCGCUAUCACAACAAAGAGCAGUAACACUCCCGCUAUCACAACAAAGAGCAGUAACACUCCUGCUAUCACAACAAAGAGCAGUAACACUCCCGCUAUCACAACAAAGAGCAGUAACACUCCUGCUAUCACAACAAAGAGCAGUAACACUCCUGCUAUCACAACAAAGAACAGUAACACUCCUGCUAUCACAACAAAGAGCAGUAACACUCCCGCUAUCACAACAAAGAGCAGUAACACUCCCGCUAUCACAACAAAGAGCAGUAACACUCCUGCUAUCACAACAAAGAGCAGUAACACUCCUGCUAUCACAACAAAGAGCAGUAACACUCCUGCUAUCACAACUACCAGCAGUGGUACAACUUCACCAGUGACCAACAGUUUGGAUAAACUGAAGUGUAGCAUAUCACCACGUAGCGGAACCAUCCUAGAUGCAUUCACGAUAUCUUGUAACACUGACACACCAUGUACUAAGUGUCAGUAUUGUUUCAAAACCCAGGAAGGAAAGCAUCUGCGUUGCACCGAAGACAACAAAGUGAAUUCUAUCUUUCUUCCUCUUGGAGAUAGAAAUUCCAACCACAAGCUUAUCAUCAAGGCAACAGCUAAAGAUAGCAGCUUUAUAGCCCACACAACCAUCAUCACAAAGGUAUUGAAUUACGAACCACCCUCAGGCUCUUCAGGAAACGGUCUUUCAGCUUCGAUGGAGAAUGUUGUGGAUCAGCUGAAGGAACAAGGUCAACUAACAGGAGAGACUGUGGGACAGAUCUGUGACUCUGUGUCCAGCCAACUGAACAGCCGGUCUGAUGAUUCAAACAAAGCUGAGAGGCAAAAGCUACGAGAGAAGAUAUUAUCCAUAAUGACAGACACAAUGAAAGAAGCUCCGUCCAACAACCCAGAAGAAGUUCAGGUGAUGGCCAGAGGACUUACCUCUGUCAGCCAGAGAGGCUCUGAACUCAGCUCAGCUGCUCAGGAAGAGGCUUCAUUCUUGUUAGCUGAGCUCAGCUCGUCUCUCCUCAACAUGGAUUUGGACAAAAGUGAAGAGAACAAGAAGGAAGUACACGAUGCAGCCUGCAGCAUCGUGGAGGGAGCAGGGAAUAUUCUGCACUUCUCUUCCACUAAAAGCACAUCUGAUGCCCUUCUCAACGCUUUGGACAAUACACAGAGUGCACUGUUAGCUGUUAAAGAUGCUGAUGAGGGGCCAACCAUUAUCCAAGAGCCUCAUAUUAGUGUGCUCGUUAACAGAGUGACACCGGGAAGUUUGAACGAACAGUCCAUGAAGAUUCCCAACUGUUCCUGCAGCUCAUUUUCUCUCCCAACUCUACCCUCUGAUAUGUUACCCUCAGAUAAACCAGUGGACAUACGGAUGCUGAGCUUAGACAAAAAUCCAUUUUCCUGGCAUGAGUUUGGGAACAUCAGUGGCUCCACAGGUUCUUUAUCCCUUACAAGAACAGAUGGCUCCAAAAUCCCUGUUGAGAACUUGAGCGAUGAUGUUGAGAUUUUCUUGCCAAGGCCUCUUGGAGAGCAGGUGAACACAUCCGUUUUAUACCUGGGGAACUUCAGCACAACCGUCAUAGACAUUCCUUCAGCCAACAACACACUGGUGUUAAAGAUGAUACCAUCAACGGAUCCUUUGACCUUCAAAGUGUUCCUUGGAUAUAAGGACUACCCUAAUGAAACACAUCAUGUAGCGAUGACAGAGAUGCCUCAGCAAGGAACAACACUAGAGGAAAGAUACACUUGGCUUCUUGACCCUGAGACUCUGAAAGGAAACACUGGAUUGCACUAUCUUUUUGUGAGGCCCAUAGUAGGUCCGGGAAUAAAAUCCAUUGAUACCAGUUUAUUGAUCACCCCCAUUACUAGCUCCUGUAAAUUUUGGGAUGAAUCAACAUUGGAUUGGACCACUAAUGGAUGCAGGGUUGGUGCGCAGUCCACACCUCUAGUCACCCAGUGCCUCUGCAACCACCUCACCUUUUUUGGUAGCUCUUUCUUUGUCACUCCCAACCUUGUGGACCCAUCACGCACUGCUGAGCUGUUUGCAACGUUUGCAGAGAAUCCUGUGGUUGUCUGUUUUGUGGGAGCACUCUUUGUGGGCUAUUUAUUGGCUGUUAUAUGGGCCUGGCGAAAGGAUAUUCAAGACACAGUGAAGGUGAAGGUGACUGUGCUGGAGGACAAUGACCCAAUGGAUGAGUACCGCUACCUGUUGAGUGUCAACACUGGGCAUCGUAGAGGAGCAUCCACCUCCUCACAGGUGGCGAUAACCCUCAUGGGUCUAGAGGGGAACAGUGAACCUCACCACCUAUCCGAUCCAAAGAAGCGUGUGUUUGAGAGAGGUGCAGUGGAUGUGUUCCUGCUAACUACGCCUUUCUCUCUGGGAGACCUGCAGGGAAUCAGACUGUGGCACAAUAACUCAGGGAGCCACCCUGCUUGGUAUGUUGGCAAUGUCAUGGUGCAGGAUUUACAGACGCAAAAGAAAUGGCAUUUUCUAUGCAACUCCUGGCUGGCUAUAGACAUGGGUGAUUGUUCUCUGGAUAAAGUUUUCCCUGCUUCGACAGAGAUUGAAUUGAAAAGGUUCAGUAAUCUAUUCUUCACUAAGACAACAAAGGACUUCAGUGAUGGUCACCUCUGGUACUCUGUGAUCAGUCGUCCACCAAGCAGCAGCUUCACUUGUGUUCAGAGAGUCUCCUGCUGCUUCUCCCUGCUGCUCUGUACCAUGCUGACCAGCAUCAUGUUUUAUGGCAUCCCAACAGAUCCCUCUGAGCAGACAUUGGACCUGGGUCACUUUGAGUUUACCUGGCAACAGUUCAUGAUUGGAGUUCAGAGUUCCCUCAUCAUGUUUCCAGUGAAUAUCCUUAUUGUGAGCAUUUUCAGAAACACUCAACCUAGGGAAACAUUGUGUUGCAAGCGCAAGGGCGUAAAACCAGAUGCUCUUGAACAGCUCUCCGUCUCACAGACGGUCCCCGACAACGUGAAUGUGUCUUUAGACACUGUCAUCAAGUCAAAGUUGGCGAAGGAUCUCACAAGGAUUGCCCUUUCACUCUCCAAGACAGUGAAAAGCAACAUACCAAGCAAAGAGCCUGAGUUUGGGCCUGGACAACAUGUUGACAUAAAUGCUGUCCUCUCUGUGGUGGAGGAUUUCAUCAAACAGAACAAUAAAACCUGUGACAGCACCCACUCCAACACUCAGAACUUUCACAAUGCCAUCCAACCUCAGUCGACAGAGGCUACGUCUACAGUGCAUUCCGGGUCAACAGAGGAGGGGAUUCAGAAGAAGAGCAACAAAAGCCAGUAUCUUUAUCGGCAGCUGUGUCACAUUGAGAGAGAGCUGACUCUGCUGGGACCCUCCGGCUUUCCAAGCCCCCACAGCUACAGCCAGGCGGUGCAGCAAGUCCAGGGCAUGAAGGGGUCUCUUGAAGAUCAGCUGUUCAGAUUCAGCUCUGUCAAUCUGUACGAACCUGACCAGAAAAAGUUGAUCCCUGCAGACAGCACUGAUGCCGAUGAUAAGCAGAAGAAGAAAAGCUCUUGCUGUCAUGGAGGGCUGCCUUGGUGGUUUAUUUUUAUUGGAUGGCUGCUUGUCAUAGCAACCAGUGUUGUAUCAGGAUAUUUCACGAUGCUGUAUGGCUUGAAGUUUGGGAAGGAACGCUCAGUGAGCUGGCUAGUGUCCAUGAUUAUCUCCUUUUUUCAGAGUGUCCUCAUCAUUCAGCCACUGAAGGUGAUAUGUCUGGCAAUCUUCUUCGCACUUGUCAUAAAGAAAGUAGAUGAAGAAGAUUUUCAAAAUCUUGCACUUGAUGGAAAUGACAAAAGUCAAGAUUACCAAGACCUAGAGACAGUCAGACGAGAAGGCGGCCUUUACGUUCCUCCUCCUGCUGCAGACAUUGAGAAGAUGAAAAGAAACAAGAUUAUGGAACAGAAAGCCUUUGCCCUCAUCAGGGAGAUUUUGAUCUACAUGGGAUACAUGUGGAUGCUACUGCUGGUGGCGUACGGACAGAAGGAUCCCAAUGCCUUCUUCCUGAACCGGCACAUCAGGCACAGCUUCAGUAGAGGAAUCACAAACAGUAUGAGCCUCGGCAAAGUCUUCACAUGGGCCAACACAUCUCUGCUAGGAAACCUUUUUGGAGUUUAUCCAGGGUUUAUCACAGAUGGAAACUCCAAACUAGUGGGGAACGCCCGUCUCCGUCAAUUGAGAGUCCAGAGGAACUCCUGUCAGAUUGCUGACGCCAUGCUGGGGAUUGUACCAAACUGCAAUGCCCCAUAUUCAUGGGAGGCAGAAGAUAUGGGCUCCUAUGACCCGGGCUGGAACCACUCAGUGGGGGAUAAUAGCUCUAUCAGCAUCUCCAGCCCAUGGAAAUAUCAAACACAGUCUCAGCUCAGGGCUUAUCCUUUCUGGGGGAAAUUAGAGCUCUACAGGGGAGGUGGCUUUGUGGUGGAGCUUGGCCCGGAUUUACAAAAUGCCAGCAGCACCCUUGAGUAUCUGUUCAGAAACAAAUGGCUGGACAUGUACACAAGAGCCAUCUUUGUGGAGUUCAGCGUCUAUAAUGCUAAUGUGAACCUCUUUUGUAUUGUCACACUCUUAUUGGAAACCACAGCCAUAGGAGCGUUUCAGUUCUACAGCGAGCUGCAGAGUGUUCGUCUUUACCAAUCAACUGGUGCUCUGCACAUCUUUGUAAUGGCUGCUGAGAUUAUAUACAUGCUUUUCAUCCUCCAUUAUAUGUAUAUACAGGGCAAACUAAUGAAGCAGCAGAGAUGGGUUUACUUCAGGAGCAAGUGGAACUUCUUUGAGCUGACUAUCAUCAUACUAAGCUGGAGCGCCUUGGCUAUUUAUAUCAAGAGGACUCUGCUUGGAAACCGUGACAUGAAAUAUUACCAAGACCACAAAGACCAAUUUGCCAGCUUCUAUGAGACGGCUGCAUCAGACUCGGUGCUCCAGUAUCUGAUCGCCUUCCUGGUUCUGCUCUCCACCAUCAAACUGUGGCACCUGCUCAGGCUGAACCCAAAGAUGAACCUGAUCUCUGCCACACUAGAGCGAGCCUGGGGGGACAUUUCUGGUUUCCUUCUGAUCCUUGGGAUAAUGUUCUUGGCAUAUUCCAUUGCAAGCAACCUGAUUUAUGGCUCGAAGCUGUCUCAUUAUAGAACUUUGACGGAUGCUCUCCUGACCAUCAUCCGUUUGCAAAUUGGUAUCUUCAACUAUGAUGAGGUGUUGAACAGCAGCCCCUGGCUUGGUGGGUUUAUCUUCGGUUCCUGUAUCAUCUUCAUGUCUUAUGUGGUGGUCAAUCUUCUCAUCUCAGUGAUCCUCGUGGCAUUUAACGAGGAGCAAAUAUAUCAUAAGCCCUCAGACGAAGAGGAGAUUGUCGACCUGAUGCUAAAGAAAAUCUGCAGCCUCUUUGGGAUCAGGUCUGAAGAUACAGCAGACACAACGGGACCUGAUGGAAACACAGACAUGGACUUGACCCUGAACAACAGCCGUAACAUCCAGAAUAAUCCCUCAGUUGAUGUCAACUGUAUUCAAACAUCAGACCACUCUGUGAACCGACUAUAGGUUCAUAGUUUAAUCUAGAGUACCUCUGUUAGAGUGAGAUUUUGUUUGAAUCAAUAUUCACAUGUAGUACAUUCAGGUUUGUUAUUCUUAACUUGUUACAUCGGGGGAGGUCAGAGCAUGUUGUGCAGCUUUGUGGAUGACUAUCGCCUAUUGAUGAAGCACUGAGAAGAAGACUGAGACAAGCUCCAACUUUGAACAGACAUCUGUUCAGGAAGCACCCAGAGAAGUUGGUGAGAUAUUUAAACUACAACCUCAUUUCCAAAAAAGUUGGGACACUUUAGGAUGUCAGUAAAAACAGAUUUACAUGGUUUACAAAUGAAUUCAAUAAUUUAAUUGAAAAUUGUGCUAAGACAUAUCGUAUUUCUGAAAUAAAAAAAAUGAUAUCAUUUCAGAAAUAUAUGCACCGUGCAGACUUGGCCCAAUGGUUAAGUUGCUUGCCCAUGUAGCGGGUGGCUUGGCCUCUUCCCCGAAUGUUAUUUCCCCACUCUCUCCCAGUUUCCUACACUAUCCACUGUCCUCUCCUCUAUAAAUAAAGGUGUAAAAGCCCCAAAAAUAUCACUUUGAAAAAUAUAUGCACACUGAACGGUUGAAGAUUUAUGCUAAAAAACACCUUUUAACUCUCAACUUAUUACAUUCAUUUGCAAGAGGUUAGUAACGUGACUGAGUAUGAAAAGGCAAUUCCGGGUUUCCCGAUGGUCCCUCGCAGUCCUCUUAGGGGGUUGGGGUGGCGUGCAGCUGUGGGGGUGUUACUAUGGCAGCCAUUGAGGUCGCCCUCCAUGCCACCACGGUC